AUGGCAUUGCCUGAAAGCCAAGACCACUGGUGUAAAGAAGACAUUGUACAGCUACUGGAGUGCAUGGAGAAUAACCUUCCAUCCAAUGACAGUCACACAUUCAAAACAACCCAGUCACAGAUGGCCUGGGAAAAAGUGGCUUUUAAAGAUUAUUCUGGAGAAAUGUGCAAACUCAAAUGGUUAGAGAUUUCUUAUAGCUUGAGAAAGAUUCGCACUUUGAAGGAAUUAGUCCUGGAAGCUAAGGAACGUGUUAAAAAUUCCUACAAAAGAAAAAAACGCAAGAAACAUCCAGACUUGCCUAAGAAGCCCCUGACAUCUUACCUCCGUUUCUUCAAGGAGAAGAGGCUCCAGUGCUCCCAAAAACACCCUGAGCUGAACAACCAGGAGCUGACCAAGGUCCUGUCUAAGGAAUACAAGGCGCUCCCAGAGCAGAUGAAGCUGAAAUAUAUUCAAGAUUUCCAGAAGGAGAAACAGGAGUUUGAGGAGAAAUUGGCUCAGUUCAGGAAAGACCACCCUGAUGUAGUCCAGAAUUCCAAGAAAUCUGUCAUCUCUAAGAGGAGUCCACCCAAAGCCCAAAAGAAAUUUCAGGGAAAUGUAAGAGAAGUGAAGUCUCCCCCAGAAAACUAUCUUUCUGAGAAGAUGGAAUUCUCUGGAGAGCCCAAGAAGCCCCCAAUGAACGAAUACCACAAGUUCUACCAGGAUUUGUGGUCAAGCCAGGAGCUGCAAGACUUGCCCCUGAGGGAGCGCAUGGUGGAGAUUGGCAGACGCUGGCAGCGCGUCCCGCAGAGCCAGAAGGGACAAUAUAAGAAGCAGGCUGAGGAGCUGCAGGCACAGUACAAGGUGGACCUGGCUCACUGGCUCAGGAGUCUGUCUCCUGAAGAAUAUGCUGUGUACAGAGAGAGAACCUAUACCAAGCGUGAGAACAUGAACAUGAACGGAGGCCCGCAUCCCAAGAUCAGACGGACAGACCUGCAGGCUCCAUCAGCAAGGAGUCUGCAAGAAGGGCUUGGACAGGAGCAGGGCCUGCAGGCUCCUGAGACAGAAUCGUCAGAGGCUAUUGGGAGCCAUUCUCAUUUCUCACAGGGAUCAGAAGAAGACAAGGAAGAUGGGGGAAAGGUAGAAGGCAGGAGCUCCUUGGACUCCUGCAAUGGAGAUGAAGAUGAAGAAAGUGAGCCUGAGGAUGGUGGCUCUGACUCAUCUUCCCCAGGGGACACUUAUGACUCAGACUCCGACUGA